GACGGAUCCACUCGACAUCUGCGGCAGCUCCGGCGACUCCUCCCCCUGUACUUCUGGACUUCAUUCUCCGAGCUCGAGUGCUGAAACUGUAUAGGCAAGCACUAAGGACUACAAGGAGAGCACCUGGUGACGCUAGAGGACGAAGAAAAUAGUAUUGAAGUGUUGUUCAUCAAUAAUGUUUAUGAUGAAAAACAGAGCAGCAUUUGUCAUACGUUUCAGGAAGGCAACUGUUGUGCGGAUUGAUUCGUUAAUUAUGAUCAUGGCUUUGUACUUACGCUCGUUUAUUAUAAAAAGGAAAACCCUUACGGUUGGCAAUUUGCAGUCAAGCCAGGAGUCAACCCAAAGAUACAGAAAGAUGGAGGAAACAUGAGAGACUAAUCCAAUGGCAAGGAGCCGUCUGUUCCGCCAACUACAAAAUCAAACAAGCCCCUAAAAUCGUGCACCCACGACACCUACGCGCAAGGAACACCUUAGACAAGAAAAAGACGCAGCCUUUCAUCUCCCUCUCAUUGCUCUUCAAUCAAUCAUUUUCCUCCUUUUCUAUUUUGUUGGUUGUGUUCUUUUGCAUUGAGUUCUAUGAGGAAGUUGUGUCCAAAUUAUGAUAGGGAAGAUGCACUUGACACCGUCUUGGAGGUUCCUAUACCGGAAGAGAUGUUCACAAAAAUGGGCAACAAUUCAGCUUCCCGUUGGCAAAACAUGCGUGCAUUGAUGAAUGCUCAAGCUGCUGCUGAUAAAUCAACCCAUCUCCAAUCUAAAUCAAAUACUGAAUUUAUAGCAUUGCUUAAGCUUGUUGGCUCUCCUCUUAUCCCUUUUCAGGCCCACCCUGACCAGCCACUCACUCGUCCUCUCAAAGAUUGUUCCAUUGGAGCUUCUACCGCAAAAUAUAUAGUACAACAAUAUAUAGCAGCAAUUGGAGGACCAUUGGCGCUGAAUUCAGUGAAGAGCAUGUAUGCAGUAGGGCAGGUUAAGAUGGCUGCAUCAGAAAUGCACCAAGGUGAUGACAGUGUGCACGCAGAAGGCAAGUCUGAGGUUGGUGGAUUUGUACUAUGGCAAAAAAACCCUGAUUUAUGGUACCUAGAACUAGUUGUUUCUGGUUACAAGGUUAGUGCAGGCAGUGAUGGCAAGGUUGCUUGGAACCAGUCCUCUUCUCAGGCCUCUCAUGCUAAUAGAGGUCCUCCAAGACCCUUGCGGCGGUUCUUCCAGGGAUUGGAUCCAAGGUGCACUGCCAACUUGUUCUUAGAAGCAGUAAGCAUUACAGAGAAGAAAGUGAGCAAUGAAGACUGCUUUGUAAUCAAGCUCGAGACCGACUCGAACACCCUUAAAGCUCAAAGUUCUUCCAACACAGAAAUUGUACACCAUAUAAUAUGGGGCUACUUCAGCCAAAGAACAGGACUCCUUGUCAAAUUCGAGGAUACGAAAUUAGUGAAGAUGAAACCGAUUAAAGGAAAUGAUAAUGUGUUUUGGGAGACAAGUAUGGAGUCAGUGGUUGGAGAUUAUAGAUAUAUUGAAGGCAUCAAUGUAGCACAUAGUGGAAAGACUACAGCAACACUUCACAGAUAUGGAGCAUCACAUAAUCAUAAGAGGAAAAUAGAGGAAACAUGGAUGAUUGACGAAGUUGAUUUUAAUAUAUGUGGGUUGUCAAUGGAUUGUUUUUUACCUCCUGCUGAUCUAAAGAGAGAACAGGAAGGAGGAGAGCAGUGACCAACUUACUUUCAUUUUUUUUUUUUUUGGAAUAGGGGAACAGAAAUGUGAGUUAAAGAUUGCAGGUUGAAGGGAAAUUCCCUGUACAUGUAGGAAAGUGGAAAAUUUCUUAUAGAGGAGAAGAGUGUUGGAAACAAGAGAGAAAAGUCUUGUUCUUGUUCAGAAAAACUAUGUUUUUGUUUACACUUUGCUCGAUGGAGGAAUUCUUCCAACAAUAAGGCGCAACCCCUCGUUUUCAACAACACACGCUAUUACAAUGGAUAGCUAUGCGCAAUGCUUACGUUCCUUUCAUAUGGUAAGAAUCUGGUCAUCCGCGCGCUUUCUACCUGUCAUAAUGCACAGUAGCCCUCGUAAACCUCCAGUAUUUUAGGAAUAUUCACCGUUCCGUACUGUAUAUAUUUAAAUUGAGACUUGAACUAAUUGAAAUAUUCACCAUUCCCUAUUCUAUACACUACCGGUUUGUUUAAAAUUUUA